AUGUCUGCUUGGCCCUUUGGACAAACCUCUACCUAUUCUUCUGAUUCCGAUAUAAAUUCGAUAUUGACUAAUUAUUUCGAUAUAUUAAAUAAACUGAAAAAUAAUGAUAAUGACAGUAACAAUAAUAAUAAUGAUAAAAUUACCAAGAAUAAUGAUACUGAGGCCAACUACGAAUACCAGAACAGUCCUGACCUAAUUAAUAAUCUAGAUAGUUCCUUUAUCGAACGAAUUUUAAACCAACCCGACCUUCUACACGAAUUAAAUAGACAAAAUAAUACUUUAUUAGAUUUUAUUUGUUUUGGGUAUUUUUUUGAUAAUAAAAAAGUCAAAAUACCUCAUUUGCAAUACUUAAUAGAUGAGCUUAUAUCUUUAAUAUCAACUCCGACAAACCAAGAUAAUAAUGACGAUAACAAUAACACUAAUGACACAGAUAAUGAUCAUUUAAAACCUAAUAAUUUAAUUAAUGAAAAAAUAAAUAAAGCUAAUAUUAUUGCAGAUAUCCUAUCUCUUGACAUAUGGAUCAUCAUGGAUGAAUUAGUCAAAAAUGAAACAUAUUUGAAUCAGUUGUGGUCUCUAAUACACGAUCCAUCUUUCUUGAAUGAAAAUUCCCCAAUUGUGUCAAUUUUUUUAAAAGUAAUUGAAAAUUUAUUAUUCACCAAACAGAAACCAUUUUUAAAUUUUAUCUUAAAACAAGAUAAUAUCGUGGAUCUAAUAUUAUCUCAUAUUAAUAUAACCCCAUUAAUCGAUCUUUUCUUAAAAAUUAUUGGGACAGAUAAAGCAGAUAAUUCAAAUGGUAUUAUCAAGUUUAUAUCAAGCCAAGAUCUAAUUAACAAAUGUUUGAAUUUUCUAGAUAACGAUAAGUAUCCAAAUGAUAUUCAAAAUUGUGUAGGGGACUUUUUAAAAGCACUUAUAUCAAUCUCCGCCAAUGCUCCAGUUGAUGAUAUCUCAGUUGGUCCAAACGAACUGACUAGAAAAUUAGCUUCUCAUGACUGUAUAGACAAAAUGAUUGACAUUAUUUUAACUCAAGGUGGAUUUGCACUAAAUAUAACAGUAUCUGUCGUUAUUGAAUUGAUACGAAAAAAUAAUUCAGACUAUGAUCCAAUUAAUCUUCUAACCAUGAAUCUAAAGGAUAAUUAUCCAAAUGAUAGAGAUCCGAUUUAUUUGGGUUAUCUUUUGUUUAAAUUUACUCAAAAUUUAGACAGAUUGGUUGAAAUAAUAGUUAAGUUCGAUAAACCAAGUGAUAUCGAAAGAUUAAAUCAAUUAAAUGAAUCGUUCAUCCCCUUAGGGUUUGAAAGAUUUAAAAUCGUGGAAUUGAUUGCUGAAUUAUUACAUUGUUCAAAUAUGGGAUUGAUGAAUUCAAAGAGGGCACCACGGAUAGCUCGUAAGCGUGAUGACAUUAGAAUUAAAGACUCUAUAUCAAUAUCAGAAUCUAUGAGCAGUUUGAAAUUGUACGACGAGGUUGGGACUGAUAGUGAUACCAAGAAUAAAUCUUACCAAAUUAAUGAAAAUAAUGACAGCACUUCUAAUGAUAAAAAAAAUUAUAAUAUUAUAAAUAAUAAUACUAAUGAAAAUACUAAUGAAAAUUAUAACAAUACUAACACUAAUAAUAAAAUAAUGACUAAUGAUAUUACUAAUGGAAAUGUUAUAGACAUUAAUAAUACAAAUCACAAUAAUGAUGAUGAUAGAGAGAGAAAUAAUAUGAAAAACAAUAUCAAAUUUCUUGAAACAUCAACUGGCAAUAAAAGUUUGAAUAGUUUUAAUGAUGAGAAAACUUUAAUGAACUAUUCUUUCUUUUCAGAUGAUGAGGAAGAUGAUGAAGUAGACGAAUCAUUUGAGAUUCCAUAUGUGAAUGAAAAUCAAAAUUUAAAACUAAGAACACGACCUACUAUUGGUGAUGUGUUUAAAAUUACCUUAGUUGAUAACCAAAUAUUACCAAUUCUUUUAAAUCUAUUUUUAGAAUACCCUUGGAAUAAUUUUUGGCAUAACGUUGUUUUUGAUAUUAUUCAACAGAUUUUUAAUGGUAGAAUGGACUUUUCAUACAAUUCAUUUCUUGUGUAUUCACUAUUUGACACAUUAAAAUCAUAUCAAUAUAUACUGGAGCCAAACAAUAUGAAAUUUUUUAAUAGCACCAAGGGCAAGGAACCAGUUUCAUUCCAAAUAACAAAUGAUUUUAUUUUGAAAGGAUAUCGAAAUUCAUACAGAUUCUAUGAAAAUAAUAAAAUGAAUCUGGGUUAUAUGGGUCAUGUUGUUUUAAUUGCUGAAGAGAUUGUAAAAUUUUCCAAACUGUAUAAAGUCGAAUUGAUCUCACCUGAUAUCUUCAAUAUUUUACAAGAAGAAGAUUGGAAAUUCUAUUCAGAACAGGUAUUGAAUGAUACAAGAUUAAUGUAUGCAAAAAUCCUUGGUGGUGGCACUUAUGUGGAUGAUGGGAAUGGGAAUAUUAUCCCACAAUUUCCAGAUACCACAACUUCAGCGUCACAAACGUUUAUUGAUGGGACUGUGUCAAAUGGAACAUAUUAUCAAAAUUCUUCUAUGGAUUUAGAUUCAAAUCCUGAUGAUUAUACAACUAAUGAAAACGGGACGACAAUAAACGGUUCUGGUUUAGUUAAUGUGGAACUUUUGGAAGAGCAGUUGACUACUGAAUCUGAUUUGCAUGAGAAGUUAAGAGAAAUGAUCGCAUCCAGAGCACAAGAGGAGAUAGAUAAACGAAAUAAAGAGAAUGGGGUGAUAAUUUUGGGACCACCUGAAAAUUCCUCUGCAUAA